AUGUUGGUUACUACUUCUCAAUUGGCGUCCUUUGCUAUGAUUGCAUCCACUCUUGUGGCCCAAGCAGAUGCCACCAGUGUUUCUUUCUCAGACUACUUUGAUUUCACUGCUUCUCUUGGUUUCCCAAAUAAGAAUAUUUGUCAAAAGAGCUCUCUUCUUCAAAUCGGUUCUCAACAAGAUGUCAAGCUUGACAUUUCCAAGAGAGCUGAUGUCGAAGAUGUUGAACUCGAACAAAGAACUUUCGGUGCUGCUUUCCCAAAGGCCGCUUUCACUGUUUCUGAUGUUGUCUUUGUUGAACAGGAUCUUUUCAAGGUUAACCUUAACUUCGAGACAGUUGCCGCUGCUGAACUUUACUCUUCAUUUUACAAGAAGUGUUCUUCUGUUGCGAUUACUGGUUUAGGUUCUGUACAAGACACUGUCCAUAUCGUUAAGGACGGUUUAUGUCAAAAUGGUUUCAAGAACUUCUUCCAAUGGUCCACAACCGUCUUGGUCAAGGCUACCGACCAUGACACUCACUUCUGUUUACCUAGUGACUUUGGUAUUGAAUUCAAUUUCGAUUCUAGUUACAAAUUGGAUUAUUUUAGUACUUGGACUAAGUAUUUCCAAACCAACUAUAAGUACAACCUUUGUGGCCCAGAUCUUUCUUCUGCUACCAAGGUCGACUUUGACAUCUUUGCUGGUGCCCAAUGGAAUAAGAGAGACAACAUUGCUGAAAGAGAAUAUGCUGCUAUGGAAGAAGGUUCUUUGGAUGAAAGAACUUUUGGUUCUAGUUUCGAUUUUGGAUUUGAUAUCAGCUGGUUCGGUAAGUUCCAAUGUCAAAAGCCACAAUUGCCAAACUUCUGUUGGCCAAAGAAAUGUACUUCCACCACCAGUUCUGUUCCUCCAACUUCAACCACUCCUCCAGCUACCACCAGUUCUACCCCAGCUUCUACUACCCCAGCUACUACUUCUAGUACUACCCCAGCUACUACUUCUAGUACUACCCCAGCUACUACUUCUAGUACUACCCCAGCUACUACUUCUAGUACUACCCCAGCUACUACUUCCAGCACCACCCCAGCUACUUCCUCAAGUGCUCCAGCUACUUCCUCAAGUGCUCCAGCUACUUCCUCAAGUGCUCCAGCUACUUCCUCAAGUGCUCCAGCUACUUCCUCAAGUGCUCCAGCUACUUCCUCAAGUGCUCCAGCUACUUCCUCAAGUGCUCCAGCUACUUCCUCAAGUGCUCCAGCUACUUCCUCAAGUGCUCCAGCUACUUCAUCUAGUGCUCCAGCUACUUCCUCAAGUGCUCCAGCUACUUCCUCAAGUGCUCCAGCUACUUCAUCUAGUGCUCCAGCUACUUCCUCAAGUACUCCAGCUACUUCAUCUAGUGCUCCAGCUACUUCAUCUAGUGCUCCAGCUACUUCCUCAAGUGCUCCAGCUACUUCCUCAAGUGCUCCAGCUACUUCCUCAAGUGCUCCAGCUACUUCCUCAAGUGCUCCAGCUACUUCCUCAGGUGCUCCAGCUACUUCCUCAAGUGCUCCAGCUACUUCCUCAAGUGCUCCAGCUACUUCAUCUAGUGCUCCAGCUACUUCCUCAAGUACUCCAGCUACUUCAUCUAGUGCUCCAGCUACUUCAUCUAGUGCUCCAGCUACUUCCUCAAGUGCUCCAGCUACUUCCUCAAGUGCUCCAGCUACUUCCUCAAGUGCUCCAGCUACUUCCUCAAGUGCUCCAGCUACUUCCUCAAGUGCUCCAGCUUCUUCCUCAAGUGCUCCAGCUACUUCCUCAAGUGCUCCAGCUACUUCCUCAAGUGCUCCUUCUGAAUCAGCCACUGUUCCACCAGCUUACACCUCUACUUCCACUGAAAUCGUUGGAACUACCGUUGUCACCAUUACUUCUUGUUCUGACAACAAGUGCACUGAAGUCCCAACCACUACUGGCUAUACCGUUGUCACCGAGGAAACCACUUCUUACACUACUUACUGCCCAUUGCCAACUACUGCUGUCACCAAGACUGGUACUACCGUUGUCACUGCUGAAACCUCUACUACAAAGACUGCUACCCCAGGUGUCCCAGCUGAAACUCCAGCUGCCCCAGCCGGUUCUGCUCCUGCUGAAACCCCAGCCGCUCCAGCUGCUUCCGCUCCUGCUGAAACCCCAGCCGCUCCAGCUUCUCCUGCUCCUGCUGAAACCCCAGCCGCUCCAGCUGCUCCUGCUCCUGCUGAAACCCCAGCCGCUCCAGCUGCUCCAGCUCCUGCUGAAACCCCAGCCGCUCCAGCUGCUCCAGCUCCUGCUGAAACCCCAGCCGCUCCAGCUGCUCCAGCUCCUGCUGAAACCCCAGCCGCUCCAGCUGCUCCUGCUCCUGCUGAAACCCCAGCCGCUCCAGCUGCUCCUGCUCCAGCUGAAACCCCAGCCGCUCCAGCUGCUCCUGCUCCUGCUGAAACCCCAGCCGCUCCAGCUGCUCCAGCUCCUGCUGAAACCCCAGCCGCUCCAGCUGCACCAGCACCAGCACCAUCAGUCGCUCCACAUGGAUCUUCCCCAGCUGCUAGCAACGGUACUUACGUGCCUCCUGCAAGCUCCGCCCCAUCUGUUGUACCAGAAAAUGCGGCUAAUGGCCUCACUGCUUCUAUGAUUACAGUUUUUGCUGGGUUAUUCAUCGUGUUGAACUGUUAA